GAGCGGGCGCCGUACGUGCGCGCGCGCACUGCGCUUUUUGCUUGUGGCAGGCGACCGCGGCGCGGCGGCGGCCCACGCGCACCGGGAUCUUAUCCUUAUUGUAUUUUAUUCUGUUCUUAGCUCUCUGUCCCGACGCACGUCCCUGCCACAGAUCCCUAUUGUAAAACUCAACGUUUUAUUGUAACAAAGCCAGUUUAUUAUAAACUAACGUAUUAUGCCAAUAUGUUAGUAAAAACUCAGUCAUUCUUUGCCCGGUCUUCAGACGGUCUGUUUUGUUGUGUGAACGAGUGUUAUAAAUAAAAUAAUAAUAGCUGCGAACCAGCGAUUUUUAACAAAAUUGCUAUAUCAACAUACAUUAUGAAUGUAAAUGAUUUAGUGACCCGUUUAUUAUUUCUCACCAUUAUUUACAUUGUGGGAGCAACACCUGAUGAUAAGAGUUCGGCAUCGAGUACGUUAAGCAAUGAGAGCUGCAGAGCGCGCGCGGCGGCGUGCGACUCGAGCGCAGCGCACGCGCGCCGCCCGGUGUGCGGCUCGGACGGGCGCACCUACCCCUCGCGCUGUCACCUCAUGGUGGCGCAGUGCACCGGCUCGCCUGUCACCAUCGUCAGGAAGGGACCCUGCGUCGAGGGGCAGUCAUCAUGCCUAGUUGCGUUACGGUACGCGUUGAAGGCUCAGAGCGGGGUCUGGUCAGCGUACAUUCCCCGAUGCCGCGCCGACGGCAGCUACGCAGCAGUGCAGUGCGCCACUGCUGGUGCAGUCGCUGCUAGCUGCUGGUGUGUCAACCCUGACGGGAAACCCAUCCCUGAUACCUCCGUCAGGAACGGUCGCCCAGACUGCACUAGAACCGGUAAAUCGCACACGAGAAGGCGGUCCUCGGUUCGCGGCCAACGCAAUAAAAGAACAUGCACGAGAACUGAUCGUGCCCAGUUCAACGGCAACCUGAUAAAAAUCUUCAGCGGGGAGUUUGAGAGAGCUCGAACGGAUUCAUCACCAUCGCCAGAGCCGAGGGCUGUGGCAGAUUGGAAGUUCAGGGAACUCGACAGAGACCGCAGUGAUGCGUUACAGAAGUCUGAAUAUAGGGGACUGAGGAGGCUGAUUAAAAAGGUGGUGAAGCCAAAGCGCUGCGCACGCGCCUGGGCCCGAGGCUGCGACGGCGACGGCGAUGGGGAGAUAGCCCACGCGGAGUGGGUCGCCUGCCUUCUGGUCAACCCGGAGCCCCCUGCACCGGACUUCUCUCUCCGUUUCUUCAUGUCGUUGAAUGCAGACGAUGACAGCGGUCCGGAAGCGGAGCCUGAUUACAACGAGGAGGACCCACCGCCUGACCCCAGUUCAGUUUUACCCGGAAUAGUCAGAAACUCGUUCGCGCCAGACGGGUCCGACUCAGAAUCCAGACGAGAAGAUGAAGCCAAUGACUGCCUGACUGAUAGACAAGCGGUUUUGGACGAACAGAAAGCGGGCGGUGCUGCGCUCUACGUGCCCGAGUGUACCGGUGACGGCAGGUACGCUCGCGCUCAGUGCUACAGAUCCACGGGCUACUGCUGGUGCGUCCACCAGGACACUGGCAAGCCGAUCCCAGGCUCUUCAGUCAAGGACAGAAGGCCUGACUGCGACGCCGCCCCGCAGCAUGCUAGUCCGAUGAGAGGUACGGUCCUAUCAGGUUGUCCAGAACCAAUGAAAAGCACUUUCUUGCGAGACCUGAUGAGCUUCUUCGUAUCGAAAAUGACUACUUCCAUUAAUGGGACUGGUCCAGGCGAUAUGGUGAAAUGGGGAGCAUCGAAAGAAGAGCAAGCGGCUACUUGGACGUACGUGAUGUUAGACAAGGAUAAAAACAAGGCGUUGGAGCGUCGCGAGUGGAAGGCGUUCCACCAGCUGAUAUCCAACGUCGAGCCCCUGAGGCGGUGUGGUAGGAAGCUGCCGAGGUACUGCGACGUCAACCACGAUACCAAGAUCAGUAUUACAGAAUGGAUGGCGUGCUUAGAAGUCACACAAGGGUCACAGGCACCAACGACUGAAGCGACCAAAGCGCCGUCCAAUCCUAGACGGAAAGGUCCGAAUCCGUUGGAGUCAUUCUUGAAAGCCGAUGAUUGAUUCAUCGACAUGUAAAUGCUAACUGUGUCAAUAUAUAGGACGUUUAUAGUAUUCGCGCCAGUGUUAGUUAAGAGAACAGUGUAGUGAAGUGUUUUCUAAACCUAGGAACAAACUGCUUAUGGCUAAGCGAAUGCAACGAGUAAACCAUGGUGUUAAAACAAGCGCAAAAAUAUUCCUUUGUUGAGGUACAUUUUUCAUCUUGACAAAACAUAGCUGGAAAUAGAACAGUGUCUACUACUAGAUAAGCUACCUUCUUCCAAUCAUAAUUUCUGCUUGUUGAAAUGACUGGAUGGAUGUUCACAAAUUGUGUUCUCGAUUCAUGACAAAAUUGCCCACGACACCAGUGAAAAUCCAGGGGCCCGAUUCUCCUAAGUUAAUAAUGUUAAAAUCGAAUAGAAAUCGAAUCGCAAUAUGAUCGCAAUAGCAGUUUUAACCAUAUCGGGCAUUCUGCUACUAAUAAAAGACCAAUCGUAUUCGAUUGACAUUUGAUUGGUGUGCGAUUGGUCUGCUAUUUUGGUGAUUUUGGUCUAUACGGUAGUUGGCUGUACAAUCAUUUUGCAAUCGUAAAUCAUUUGCAGACAAAAUGAUUCAUUAUUGAAUGACAGAAAAGGAUAUAAACGUUUAUUUCAAAGAAAAAAUAGCGGAAUGCCAUAUACGCUUCCAUCGUAAUCGAGUUGUGAUUGGAUCGCAGUCGAAUGUGAAUCGACAUACGAUUAAGUAAAAUUAGGAGAAUCGGGCCCCUGUAAGUACAUAAUUCUGAAAUCAAUGAAUCAGCCUUGUUUGUAUUUAUUAAAAAUCCAUAUGCGAUUUGUAUGAUAACAGCAUAUUUAUGUCAAAUACGACUUUACAAUUAUGAUUUUCUUUUAUGUGUAUCAAUACAACACAUUUGGUAACAAAGUUUUAUACACCAGAAGUAUUUCUGACCUCUAAUAAGUAAUAAGUGGUCGUCGGUCCACCACUCGUGUGCUUUUAGUAUUAUACGCCAUAAAUGUCCUACGCCUUAAUAUUUAAUUCUAAUCAGAGUUUCUAAAAGAUUCUCAAACAUUAUAAAUAGUAAUAGUAAGUAGUCAUUGUCGUAAUUUAUUGAAGUUGAUACGAAACUGACUUUCACUAGUCGUGACGUUUAGAUAUUCCGUAUAGGAGUACUUUAUUAAGUAUCAAAUUCGAAUGUUGAAAUGUAUUCUGGUUUUUCGUACAGUUGUUAUUUAUGUAGCUAAUUCUUGUAUUAUGUACAUAAACCAGUGUAUCUAUCUAAGCUGCUAGAUUAAAACUAAUGUACAAUAUUGAAUUUUAUGAAAAAAUAUGAAUAGCUUUCAAAAUUUCUCUGUUCCGCUAUUUUACACCUUAAAUUACUUCAUAAAAUGCAUUUGUAAUUUUGUCCUCAGAAAUUAUGUCAAAAAAAAGGUUCAAUGUUCAGUUGUCGACGAUUUUACCUAUAACUAUAAUUACCUACUAAAAUUACACAGGGCCCGAAUUUAUGACAUUUACAAGUGAUCCACUUCAACAAGUAUACAAUGAUAUUAAUAAGUUCCCAGAAAGAAUUUAUGUUAGGUAUGAAACUAUAUUUUUACACCUAAUAAUAAACAAGCUUUUUAUUUAAUAUAUGUAAUUGUAUAGUUUAAUUUAAUAAGUCAUUGUCAAUGUGUAAGGACUAAUGUGAUAUUUCGUCAUUACUAUUGCUAAAUAAAUUAAUUUAAUAUUUA